AUCAUGGCCCAGGUAGCGAUGUCUACUCUGCCGCCCGCGGAAGACGAGGAGUCGUCGGAAAGCAGGAUGGUGGUGACGUUCCUCAUGUCUGCCCUCGAGUCCAUGUGUAAAGAGCUGGCCAAGUCCAAGGCCGAAGUGGCCUGCAUCGCAGUGUACGAAACAGACGUGUUCGUAGUCGGGACGGAGCGAGGCCGCGCUUUCGUCAACACCAGGAAGGAUUUUCAGAAAGAUUUCGUGAAAUACUGUGUUGAGGAAGAAGAAAAGGCUGCAGAGAUGAAUAAAAUGAAAUCUACCACCCAGGCCAACCGCAUGAGUGUAGAUGCUGUAGAGAUCGAAACGCUCAGGAAAACCGUGGAGGACUACUUCUGCUUUUGCUACGGGAAAGCUCUCGGCAAGCCCACAGUGGUGCCUGUUCCCUAUGAGAAGAUGCUGCGGGACCAGUCGGCCGUGGUCGUGCAGGGCCUCCCUGAGGGCGUGGCCUUUAAGCACCCGGAGCACUAUGAUCUGGCGACCCUGAAGUGGAUCCUGGAGAACAAAGCUGGGAUUUCCUUCAUCAUUAAGAGACCUUUCCUAGAGCCAAAAAAGCAUCUAGGUAAGUUAUUGUUUUGUUUACAUGAGACCUGGUCGAUACUAUCUCCAGGUGGAAGUUGCGGCCCCAUCAAAGUGAAAACUGAACCCACGGAAGAUUCUGGCAUUUCCCUGGAAAUGGCAGCGGUGACAGUCAAGGAGGAAUCAGAAGAUCCUGACUACUAUCAGUAUAACAUUCAAGCAGGCCCUUCUGAAACUGAUGAUGUUGAUGAAAAACUUCCCCUUUCGAAGUCUUUGCAAGGGAGCCAUCACUCGUCAGAGGGCAACGAAGGGACUGAAGUGGAAGUGCCGGCAGAAGACUCUACCCAACAUGUCCCUUCAGAGACAAGCGAGGACCCGGAAGUUGAGGUGACCAUCGAAGAUGAUGACUACUCGCCGCCCACUAAGAGACCAAAGAGCAGCGAGCCGCCGCCGCAGCCGCCGGUCCCCGAGCCCUCCAACGCUGGGAAACGGAAAGUGAGGGAGUUCAACUUCGAGAAAUGGAAUGCUCGCAUUACUGAUCUACGCAAACAAGUCGAAGAGCUGUUUGAAAGAAAAUAUGCUCAAGCCAUCAAAGCCAAAGGUCCCGUGACGAUCCCGUACCCCCUUUUCCAGUCGCACGUGGAAGACCUCUAUGUCGAAGGCCUUCCCGAAGGCAUCCCCUUUCGAAGACCGUCCACUUACGGGAUUCCCCGCCUGGAGAGGAUCUUGCUUGCGAAGGAGAGGAUCCGCUUUGUGAUUAAGAAGCACGAACUUUUGAAUUCCACCCGGGAAGACUUACAGCUCGAUAAGCCGGCUUCAGGAGUGAAGGAAGAAUGGUACGCCAGGAUCACGAAGCUGCGCAAGAUGGUCGAUCAGCUCUUCUGCAAAAAGUUUGCGGAGGCCUUGGGGAGCACUGAAGCCAAGGCUGUACCUUACCAGAAGUUUGAGGCGCACCCCAAUGACCUCUAUGUGGAAGGCCUCCCAGAGAACAUUCCCUUUAGAAGUCCUUCAUGGUACGGGAUCCCCCGGCUGGAAAAAAUCAUCCAAGUGGGCAACCGAAUCAAGUUUGUCAUUAAAAGACCAGAGCUGCUAACCCACAGCACCACUGAGGUCACUCAGCCAAGGACGAACACACCAGUCAAAGAAGAUUGGAAUGUCCGAAUCACCAAGCUCCGGAAGCAAGUGGAGGAGAUCUUCAAUCUGAAAUUCGCUCAAGCUCUGGGCCUGGCCGAGGCGGUGAAAGUCCCCUACCCUGUGUUUGAGUCCAAUCCCGAGUUCCUCUACGUGGAAGGUUUGCCGGAAGGAAUCCCCUUUCGAAGCCCGACCUGGUUUGGAAUUCCACGACUCGAAAGGAUUGUCCGGGGCAGUAACAAAAUCAAAUUUGUUGUUAAAAAACCUGAACUGGUGAUCUCCUAUUUGCCUCCCGGAAUGGCUAGUAAAAUCAACACUAAAGCCCUGCAGUCCCCCAAGAGACCUCGGAGCCCCGGGAGCAACUCCAAGGUGCCAGAGAUCGAGGUCACUGUGGAAGGCCCGAAUAGCAACAGUCCUCAGACCUCAGCUGUUCGAGCCCCGACGCAGACAAACGGUUCCAACGUUCCCUUCAAGCCCCGCGGGAGAGAGUUUUCCUUUGAGGCCUGGAACGCCAAAAUCACCGACCUGAAGCAGAAGGUCGAGAAUCUUUUCAAUGAGAAAUGCGGUGAAGCGCUUGGCCUUAAACAGGCGGUGAAGGUGCCGUUCGCUCUAUUUGAGUCCUUCCCUGAAGACUUUUACGUGGAGGGCCUGCCUGAGGGGGUGCCCUUCCGACGACCUUCGACUUUUGGCAUUCCGAGGCUGGAGAAGAUCCUUCGAAACAAAGCCAAGAUUAAGUUCAUCAUCAAGAAACCAGAGAUGUUUGAGACCGCCAUCAAGGAGAGUACUGCGUCCUCUAAGAGCCCCCCACGAAAAAUAAACUCGUCACCCAACGUUAAUACGACAGCCUCCGGCGUGGAGGAUCUGAACAUCAUCCAGGUGACAAUUCCAGAUGACGAUAACGAGAGGCUGUCCAAGGUGGAAAAGGCUCGGCAGCUGCGGGAGCAAGUCAACGACCUCUUCAGUCGGAAGUUUGGAGAAGCCAUAGGCAUGGGUUUCCCAGUGAAGGUUCCCUACCGGAAGAUCACCAUCAACCCUGGCUGCGUGGUGGUGGACGGCAUGCCCCCGGGGGUGUCCUUCAAAGCCCCCAGCUACCUGGAAAUCAGCUCCAUGAGGAGGAUCUUAGAUUCGGCUGAGUUUAUCAAGUUCACAGUCAUUCGGCCAUUUCCAGGACUGGUGAUCAAUAACCAGCUGGUUGAUCAGACUGAGUCGGAAGGCCCGGUGAUCCAAGAACCAGCUGAGCCCAGCCAGGUGGAGGUUCCCACCACAGAAGAAAUAAAGGACACUGAUGGGAGCUCUCAGAUUAAGCAGGAGCCAGACCCGACGUGGUAGACCCCUCCUCCUAAGCUCCCGCCCGCCCAGGAGGAGCAACUUCCGGAGCUGUUACCGCCCCCGGCUGUGUAAUAUACUUGUAUAACAGAAAUACCUUCUAUACAAACCUUUUUUUCUACUUUUAGAUAGAAAUGUCUACUUUUUCAGCAGUUCUGUGAAUUGAUUAAAGAGCCGCGUGACUGGAUCUGGCUGGCUGGGUCACUGGGGAGUGUGUCACACGUAGGCUUGACAGGCACGGGACGGGGCAGGGACAGAGUGCCUCGAAAUUGCUUUCUUUUUUAAAAAUUAAAAAAAAAAUCAGAUCGGCCGGGCCAGCAGCCCCGUGCAGUGCAAAUCCUCCCCCGCGGGACAGCCUCGCCUCCCUCCGGAACAUCGCAGGCCGGCCGGCCGGAAGAAGCCACCUGUUAGGAUUCGGCGCUUUAGUUUGGGUUUGGUUUUGUUUUUCUAUCUGGGACGGGGAAAUCAUUUAACGAUCCUUUGUUCACGGCUCUCCUUACUGACCGAGUGAACAAUUAGUAUCUGUAUAUUUGACUAAACCUUUUCCUAAGCUAUCUACCGUGGUUCAUAUGUUUGUUUUCAUCACCGUUAAAUAAAAACCGACCACCGCCACAA